UGAACUGUCAGUAUACCAAUGAUGAGUCAUGAAGAGUAGACAGAAAAAUAUGUCCAUGAAAUGAAAUGGAGAGAGGGACACUACUAAGCAAGAAUACGUGUGGGGGCAUAUGGAGGCGAAAGGCUGAUUUUUGAGGCAGCUAUAAAAAAAAAAGAGACAGUCUGUAAGCAUUGCUUGAUACGUGUCAAGUAUGCUAACAGUAAUACAUCUAACACUUUACUAACAAAGUAAUCCCUGAGCUCUAUUAACAGACAGGUGAGGAAAUUUAGAAGCAGCUGGCCAAAACCUCCUACACAGCUCUCACCAGCGAUGGUUGGACCUCCAGGGCAACUGAGAGUUACCUGACCAUGAAUGUUCAUUACAUUGUGAACUGGGAGAUGAAAAGUGCAGCGUUACAAACACACCCCCUGUAUGAGAGCCAUACAAGCACACACUUAGAUUGAUGAAUUGUUGAAUGCAGUGAAUUAGUGGAAGGGCCACAGAUUGGACGCUUUGCCCACGUUCUAAACCUCGCAUCUGAGAGUGCACUCUCACUCAAUCCAGUGUCCGGCUUCCUGAGGAAGGUCAGAUAUCCGUUAGUGUUUUUCCACAAAAGCAGCACAGCGCACCAUGUCUUGUCAGCCAAGCAGGAGACGCCAGACCUACCAAGACAUAAACUAAUACAUGAUGUCUCAACUAAAUGAAAUACCACACAUGAUAUGCUUGAGCAUUAUGUGGAGCAGCAGCCUGCCGUCUUAAUGGACGAGGCUGUGAAGGCUGUCAAGGACGUUGCCAUAUUGACUGCCAGUGAACUGAAACUGGCAGAGGAACUCAUUCAGCCACUCAAACCACUGAAAACAAUAACAGCCCUCAUGAGCACUGAAACAUCCCCCUCUGUGCCAAUGAUCCUCCCACUGCAGAAAAUGUUGCUCAAAUCCAUGGUACCAAGACAUGAGGACCGUGCCACCAUCAAAGAGGCAAAGCCAUCACCCAAGACCCGGAAGGAAGCAGAUCCUGAUCUUAAAAACUAUCUCCAGAGAGCUACAGCCCUUCAUCCACGGUUUAAAUCGCUGCCGUUCCUGGACGACGCUUCUUGUCUCCAACUCUACAGGGAUCUCACCAUAAAAAUUCUGGAGCAUGAACAGCAGGGUCAAUGCAGUGAAGAAGGGCAAGCUGGGAGAUCAACAGAACCACGGAAGGAAUCCUCAUCACCUCCCUAGAAGAAGACAGCUGUUUUGCAGACCAAGCCCUUUUCCCAAAUCGUUGAGCAGGAGGUCAGCAGACAGCAUUCAUGUGGAUCCUGAUCCAUUGACAUGGUGAUAGGCAAAUGAGAGAAGCUAUCCUCAUGUUGCAAAACUUGCAUCAAAACUCCUCUGUGUCCCUGUAACAUCUGCAAGCACAUCUGUCCUUGCUGCAGAGAGUGUCAGUCAUAAACGUAUCUUUUUGCAGAAGAACCUGACAAUAGAGGAAUAGGCAGUAACUAAAUACACAAGCAAAGCCACUACAGAUUGAAUUUCAAUUUAUGUUGCUCUUCAUGUUUUGAAUAAUGCAGCUAUAUGGCAGUAUUUUAUGUUUGUUUUAAACAGGCUGAGUAACACUUUUGCUUUUGAAAGAAUACUUGUUGAUUUCAUGUAUUAUCAAAUAUCUGGAUGUAAAAUAUAAGACAAAAUACAGAUAAGUAUUUGUUUGGUUUUUUUUCUCCCUAGUGUACUAAACUAACAGAAUCGAAACCGCUAUAUUAACCGAACCGUGGGCUUGUUGAACCGUUGCACCCUUGAUAUACAUCCCUGUACAAAGAAGGACCAAACAGUUCCAUAGUUUUGACAGGUGCUCAUUAAACUGUUAUUUAUGUAUUUACUUUGGCAUUCCAUUUAAACUUCACUCAUUUAAACAUAUAGGUUUACAUACCAUGUGAAACUUGCAGCGCAUUAUAUCAAAGACUGAUGUUAUGUGAUAUUUAUUUGAUAUUUACUUGUUCCCAUUUUUCACUCAUAAGAAAUUAGGUUACCUAAAUCUUUUGUAAUAGUUGCAAUAUUCGUUAGUUUUGAGAAAUCUCUUUUUCAACAAUGUAACUGGUCAUUAAAUUUUAGCUUUACAGUCUAAAGGAGAAUAUAUUACCUUGUUUAGUUUAUGUGUGAUUAAAAAAAAAAACCUUCCCAAAACUGAGUGUCAUUUAACUCCCAGCUGUAUGAGAAUGAGAGGUUCGCUGCAU